AUGGACCGAAGAUCACCGAGAUCCUCACCAAGCUCUUCACCGAGAUCCUCACCAAGUUCCUCACCGAGACCCUCACCGAGGAACUCACCGAGAUCGCAGACCGCCACAAGUAGCAGAGGAGCGCAAGUGCUGAGGUUCCUAAUGGUCUCCUUUGCCAUUGGUCUUCUGAUCGGGCAAACUGCAAAAUCCAAGCUCUCCUUUGUCAAGCAAAUCAAUGCCUUUAAAUUUGAUGGGACGGAUAACAUGCAAGACGCAAAGAGACAACGACUUCAAGAGGUGAAGGAAGCCUACGGCCCAAUUCGCGACAUUGCUCUCUUGGGAGAACGAAACAGUGGCACCACUUGGAUGACAGAUGAACUUCGCAAGUGCUUUGAAGCCUCUGGGAUCAAAGUUCGCUCUGGUCUCACCAAAGACAAGCAUUUCUUUCAAUAUGAUGAAGACUAUGAAGGUGAUCCUGCUUACUAUGCUCACCGGAAUGCUGCUGAAGCGAUCAAAAUGAAACGAAGCAGUACCCUGGUGGUGUCCGUCUUUCGCAAUCCUUAUGCCUGGGCUGCGGCUAUGCAAAGGCGGCCUCAUCAUUCUCCAAAUCAUCUUCGACUGCCCAUGCAAGAGUUCUUGACUAGGCCUUGGACUAUGGAACGCCCACAACGAGACUUGAUGUUUUCGAAGAUUGAAGGUCCAGUUUGUCAAUUGGGAUACGCUUUCAACGAGGUAAUUCCUUGUCUCAGAACCAAACAAGAUCAUGUCGAACGACAAGGGAACAAACCAAACUACUCUGCAAGAGAUCCUCAAUACGAACUUCAACAGGAUGGUUCUGGUAAGCCGUUCAAUUCCAUCUUGGAUCUGCGCGAAGCCAAAAUUGAAAACAUAAUGUCCAUUGAAUCAUGGGAUUGGGUAGCUUCCUUGGAAGUGCUCCGAUACGAGGACCUGUUGACGCAUGGGACGGAAUCGUUCUUGAAGUACGUGGAAGAAAUCACUGGAACAAAGAUGCAAUGCACACCAAGUCCUGCAGCUCCAGAACGAUUGUCAUCCUACACACUGGAGCCCAAGAUCAAGAACCUGAUUGACAAGACACUGGAUUGGGAUGUUGAAGGAAUGAUUGGGUACCACAAGUCGCAGCUGGCUUGA